AACCCUUUACACAGAGAUAGUUGAGAUAGUUUAAAAUCUUGCUCUUUAUAUGGUUAGAAGCAACUUACUUUUAUUAUAUGACACUGUAGUGUCAUAUGGUGGGCGUUUAAUAAUUGGUCCAUUCGUUUUAUUGGAGGAGUGGAAAGGGAAAGGACAAUGCAACACUGGAUCUGGUAUCAGCGUUUCCACAGCAACGCAUAUUAAAUUACGUAGAGGCUUCCAGGUGGUGGACUUUAAACAUAGGUGGAGGGACAGGUGACGCAGGCUAUAGAGAAGCCUUUCCUUCCUGGAAAGACACAAAGGAACAGUAAAAAUGGUAAGUGCAAAGAAACGUUCCAUUAAGAAUCUUUUUUCAUGUAUUUUCUUAUGUAACAGCUGUUGUUGUGUACUUACCUGCCAAGUGACGCCGUACUUUUGUCACGUUGCAGGCUAAAUUCUUCACACCGGUUCAAAUCAAUGAGUUUAAGGAGUGCUUCUCCUUGUAUGACAAGAAGCGUAAGGGCAAGAUUGAUGCCAAAGACCUGAUCACUGUUAUGCGCUGUCUGGGUACAAGCCCCACGUUUGGUGAAAUUGAAAGACAUCUGCAAGUUCACAAAAUUGAAAAGACGGGUGAGCUGGACUUCUCUUCAUUCCUGACAAUGAUGCACAGACAGAUACAACAGGAGGAUCCCAAGACAGAAAUCCUGGAGGCUUUGAGGAUGACAGACAAGCAGAAGAAAGGAUACAUCCAGGCAUCUGAGCUCCGAGCCAAGCUCACCAUGUUGGGAGAGAGACUCACGGACAAAGAAGUGGAUGAGCUCUUCAAAGAAGCAAACAUCAAGUCAAACGGGUCCAUCAACUAUGAAGAGUUCACCCAGAUGGUGACGCUGCCACCUGUCGAUUACUGAUUUUUUGAGAAAGAAAAAAACCUUCAGAACAGCAGCCAUGAUAGGGAACUGACUUUACACACUGAUCGCAGUUAGCAGAGAACACAUGCUGCAUUGAAUCUACAUGUUUAAAACCGCAGUUCUGUAUUGACAGACUUUUGAGACUGAAAAUAGCCCUCUCAGUGUUUUUUUUCCCUCAUGAUAAUUCCCUGAUUAUUUAAUUAAAUGCAAAGCCUCUUUCCUCCAACUCUUUCCAUCGGUUUCCUCUAUGAGUGAACCCACUGUGAGGCACCGCUGUUCUACUGUAUCGUAACUUAAACUGUACAAUAAAUUUUAGCAUGUUGUUCUUUGUUGGGGUCAAAUUUUAAAAUGAUUAAAUUCUCAGUACAGCUUUUGUCAAGCCUAAACAAUAAUUGUGAAUGUAAUGUUCAGUCUGAUGUAGUGCUGCAUGCUUGUGAGCGGCACCUUUCGUUCCCUGAUGUACUUUUUCUUCAUGUGGCACUGUAAACUUUCCUCACAUCAGUAUUAAACUGCUUUCUCUUCA